AUGGGCUCAGUAGCCGAGGAACGAAGACAGCAAGAGAUCGAUAUAUCAGAGGUCCAGGAAGAGUACACUCCGUACCAGCCCGACAAGGGCUAUGGCUGGGGUGAGGCUUUGCCAGAGAAGCAAGGUCUGUACGACCCUGGCCUCGAGAAAGAUGCCUGCGGUGUAGGCUUUGCCGCCAAUAUCAAGGGCAAGGCGAGCCACAAGAUCAUCAGCGAUGCGCGGAACCUCCUAUGUAACAUGACCCAUCGGGGUGCCGUUGGUUCAGAUGCACGAGAUGGCGACGGUGCGGGUGUCAUGACAUCCAUUCCUCAUAAAUUCUUCGUCAAGAACUUUGCUCGCGAAGUCGGAGUAGAGCUACCUCCCCUGGGCCAAUAUGCAGCGGGAAACCUCUUUUUCAAACCCGACACUGAGAUGCUGAAACAUGCUACCCUCAGCUUCGAAGAGGCCGCACAGUCACUAGGUCUGCGCACACUGGGUUGGCGAGAGGUUCCCCGGGACUCCACCCUGCUUGGUCCUGCGGCGUUGUCGCGCGAGCCCAUCAUCCUGCAACCGUUCGUCGUCCUGACCUCCGCUUACGGCACUGGCAACAAACCUGAAAUCACCGACCCUGAACAAUUCGAUGACGUCGAGUUCGAGCGGCGACUCUAUAUCCUAAGAAAGACUGUCUCGCACGAUCCGCGGUGGAAACCAUGGUUCUAUGUUUGCUCUCUAAGCAACAGAAACAUCGUCUACAAGGGGCAGCUGGCUCCGGUCCAAGUUUAUCAAUACUUCCAUGACCUUGUUUCGGUGGACUAUGAAGGCCACUUCGCUCUGGUACACUCCCGUUUCUCCACCAACACAUUUCCCUCGUGGGAUCGAUCACAGCCGCUUCGAUGGCUCGCUCACAAUGGAGAGAUCAACACGCUCAGAGGGAACAAGAACUGGAUGAGAGCGCGAGAGGGUGUCUUGAAGUCUGACCUAUUCGGCGAAGAGCUCGAGAAGCUCUUCCCUAUUGUCGAGGAUGGAGGCUCUGAUUCCGCUGCAUUUGACAAUGUCCUGGAGCUUUUGGUGAUGAACAGAGUGCUUUCUUUGCCCGAAGCGGUCAUGAUGAUGGUUCCCGAGGCGUGGCAGGGUAAUCCCGCCAUCGAUCCCGCGAAAGCCGCCUUCUACGAAUAUGCUGCCUGUUUGAUGGAGCCGUGGGAUGGUCCCGCUCUAUUUACCUUCUCGGACGGCAGGUACUGUGGCGCUAACUUGGAUCGAAAUGGUCUUAGACCGUGCCGCUACUACGUGACGGACGAUGAUAGGAUCAUCUGCGCCUCGGAAGUUGGUACAAUUGCCAUCGAACCGGAACGAGUGAUCAUCAAGGGUCGCCUGCAGCCGGGAAAGAUGCUGUUGGUCGACACCCAGGCAGGUCGUAUCAUCGACGAUGCCGAACUCAAGGCCACUGUUGCAAACAGACAACCUUUCCAACAAUGGCUGAACAAGAACUUGAUGAAGAUGCCUCAGGUAUAUGAGGCGAUCAGCAAGGAGGUCGAUUUGAACUACAAGCUCACAGAAUCCACCAUCCAAGAAGAUCCUCGACUUCGAGCCUUUGGCUACUCGUUCGAGCAGGUCAGUUUGCUGCUUGGACCUAUGGCCGCUGACUCCAAGGAAGCCCUCGGUUCAAUGGGCAACGAUGCACCGCUCGCAUGCCUUGCACAGCAACCCCGGCUCCUCUAUGAGUACUUCAGACAACUUUUCGCCCAGGUGACCAAUCCUCCGAUAGAUCCCAUUCGAGAAGCAAUCGUCAUGUCUCUCGAGUGUUACGUGGGCCCUCAAGGCAAUCUCCUGGAGAUGGAUGAAUCUCAGUGUGGCCGGCUCUUGCUCCCUUCUCCAAUCCUCGAGACUGAGACAUUCAACGCCAUCAAGAACAUUUAUCGAUACAACCCGGAGUGGACUGUGAGAACAAUUGACAUCACGUUCGAUAAGUGGUCAGGCGUUGAUGGCUACAUGAAGGCCCUGGACGAUAUCUGCGAUGAAGCUACCAAGGCAAUUGACGAGGCGACAAGAGUGCCCGUGUCCUCGCUUCUCGCCACUGGAAUGGUGCACCAUCACUUGGUUCGAAACAAGUGGAGAUCUCGCGCGGCUCUCAUCAUCGAAACAGCAGAAGCACGAGAGGUGCACCAUAUGUGCGUACUCGUCGGCUAUGGUGCUGAUGGUAUCAACCCAUACCUUGCUAUGGAAUGCAUCCUCAAGAUGAACCAGCAGGGGCUGAUCAAGAAGAAAUUGACCGAUCAACAAAUCAUUGCCAACUAUAAAGCAUCUUGUGAUGGUGGCAUUCUAAAAGUCAUGAGUAAGAUGGGUAUCUCGACCCUGCAAUCUUACAAGGGUGCACAAAUUUUCGAAGCUCUUGGGAUUGAUGACACUGUUGUUGAUAGAUGUUUUACUGGCACCGCCACUCGUGUGCGCGGCAUGACAUUUGAGCUCAUCGCGCAAGAUGCCUUCGCAUUACACGAGAGAGGAUAUCCAUCUCGACACGUCAGAGAAAUCCCUGGUUUGCCAGAAUCCGGGGAAUAUCAUUGGCGAGACGGUGGCCAGCCUCACAUCAAUGACCCGGUCAGUAUUGCAAACAUUCAGGACGCCGUCAGAACCAAGAACGACAAGUCGUACGAGGCCUAUUCUCUUUCAGAAUACGAGCAGAUCAAGAGCUGCACUCUCCGUGGAAUGCUUGAUUUUGACUUCGAGCAGCGUGCUCCUGUGCCGAUUGAUCAGGUUGAGCCGUGGACAGAGAUUGUGCGACGUUUCGUUACCGGUGCUAUGUCCUAUGGUUCCAUCUCGAUGGAGGCGCAUUCCACACUGGCCGUGGCUAUGAACCGACUUGGUGGCAAAUCCAAUACCGGCGAAGGCGGCGAGGAUCCAGAACGAAGUUUGCAGAUGGCGAACGGCGAUUCCAUGCGCUCUGCCAUUAAACAGAUCGCAUCCGGUCGAUUUGGCGUCACGUCAAACUACCUAGCCGACGCUGAUGAGCUUCAGAUCAAGAUGGCUCAAGGCGCCAAACCCGGCGAGGGAGGUGAGUUACCUGGUCACAAAGUCUCUGAGCCGAUUGCCCGCACUCGACAUUCUACUCCCGGUGUCGGUCUCAUCUCUCCACCUCCCCACCACGAUAUCUACUCUAUCGAGGAUCUGAAGCAGUUGAUUUACGAUCUCAAGUGCUCCAAUCCGCGGUCCAGGGUGUCUGUCAAGUUGGUGUCCGAGGUCGGUGUCGGUAUUGUCGCAGCAGGUGUCGCAAAAGCCAAGGCUGACCACAUUCUGAUCUCUGGUCACGAUGGUGGCACUGGCGCUUCAAGGUGGACUGGUAUCAAGUAUGCCGGCCUUCCGUGGGAACUUGGUCUAGCUGAAACCCACCAAACUCUGGUGCUCAAUGAUCUACGAGGUCGAGUCAUUGUCCAAACCGAUGGCCAGCUCCGCACUGGUCGCGAUGUUGCAAUUGCCUGUCUGCUUGGGGCCGAAGAAUGGGGCUUCGCUACAACACCACUGAUUUCCAUGGGCUGUAUUAUGAUGCGCAAGUGCCAUUUGAACACCUGUCCGGUUGGUAUCGCUACUCAAGACCCUCUCCUUCGAAAGAAGUUUGAGGGUACUCCUGAGCAUGUCAUCAACUUCUUUUAUUACGUCGCGAACGAACUCCGUGCGAUCAUGGCCCAGCUUGGAUUGAGGACGGUCAAUGAAAUGGUCGGACAUGCAGAGCUUUUGAGAGUGCGCGAAGAUCUACGAACGGAGAAAACUCAGAAUAUCGAUCUGUCCCUCAUUCUCACGCCGGCACAUUCUAUCCGGCCUGGCGUCGCGACCUACAACGUCCGAAAGCAAGACCACAAACUCCACACUCGCUUGGACAACAAGCUGAUUUCCGAAUCCGAGCUUGCUCUGGAGAAGGGGCUCCCCUGCCGAAUAGAGACUGACAUUGUCAACACCGAUCGUGCACUAGGUGCCACAUUGUCAUACCAAAUCAGCAAGCGCUAUGGUGAAGCCGGUCUCCCUCAGGACACUAUUCACGUCAACAUCCGAGGCUCUGCCGGUCAAUCGUUCGGAGCUUAUCUCGCGCCAGGUGUUACUCUCGAAUUGGAAGGCGACGCCAAUGACUACGUUGGCAAGGGUCUUUCGGGUGGCCGUUUGAUCAUCUACCCCCCUCGUAGUGCUGUUUUCAAGGCCGAGGAGAAUAUUUUGAUUGGCAACGUCUGUCUCUAUGGUGCCACAAGUGGUACGUGCUAUUUCAGGGGUGUGGCUGCCGAGCGCUUCGCCGUGCGAAACUCGGGUGCCAAUGCCGUUGUCGAAGGUGUGGGCGAUCACGGUUGUGAGUACAUGACCGGCGGUCGUGUUGUCAUUCUGGGCAGCACUGGACGUAACUUCGCCGCUGGAAUGUCUGGUGGGAUUGCGUAUGUUCUCGACAUGAACCAAGACUUCCACUCCAAGAUCAACAUGGAAAUGGUGGAAGUGUCGGGUGUCGAAACCCCCGAGGAGAUCGCGUUCCUUCGGGGUAUGAUCGAGGACCAUCAUCACUACACUGGCUCCGAGUUGGCUGCACGUAUCCUACUUGAAUUCAAUCGAGCGCUCCCGCGCUUCGUCAAAAUUCUACCCACGGAUUACAAGAGGGUGUUGGCGGAGCAGGCUAAGAAGGCCGAAGAAGCAAAGAAAGCAGAGUACCCUUUGCCGAUACUACCAGGCAACCCUGUCCGCAACCUUCAUCAAGAACAGCGUGAUGCUGCUGCCGAGAAAGAGGCCAAGCAGAAGAAAGCAAACAUGCUCGACAUCGAGGAAGGCAUUAAUGGUGAUGCAGAUCAAGCCAAGCACAAAGCUGCUUUGGUUCUUGACAAGACUCGAGGUUUCAUGAAGUAUUCUCGCCGGAGCGAGAAAUACCGCAACCCGAAGACUCGGGUCAAGGACUGGGCCGAGCUCUCUUCAAGGUUGAACGAAGACGAACUGAAGUAUCAAUCUGCUCGAUGCAUGGACUGUGGUGUCCCAUUCUGUCAAUCAGACACUGGAUGUCCAAUUUCCAACAUCAUCCCCAAAUGGAACGAGUUGGUAUUUUCCGGCGCAUGGAAAGAUGCCCUCAAUCGUCUCCUCAUGACCAACAACUUCCCCGAGUUCACCGGUCGGGUUUGCCCUGCUCCGUGUGAAGGAGCUUGUGUCCUGGGGAUCAACGAAGAUCCGGUUGGUAUCAAGAGCAUUGAAUGCGCCAUCAUCGACAAAGGAUUCGAGAUGGGCUGGAUGGUACCAAACCCGCCCCAAGAACGGACCGGCAAAAAAGUCGCUGUCAUUGGAUCGGGUCCAGCAGGUCUCGCUGCAGCUGAUCAACUCAAUCGUGUUGGGCAUAGUGUCACAGUCUACGAAAAGUCCGAUCGCGCUGGCGGCUUACUGAUGUAUGGCAUCCCUAACAUGAAACUCGACAAACGAAUUGUGCAACGACGAGUUGAUUUCAUGGCCGCUGAGGGUGUUAAAUUUGAGACUGGGGUAAUGGUUGGUCCUGGGGAGAAGGUCAGUCUUGAGUCUCUGCGCCAGGACAACGACGCGGUGAUUAUCUCUACCGGUGCCCAAGUUCCUCGUGACCUCAAGAUCAAGAAUCGAGAAGCUGAAGGUAUCCAUUUUGCGAUGGAAUUCUUGCAUGCAAACACAAAGUCGUUACUUGAUUCUCAGCUGGGUGAUGGUCAUUACAUCUCUGCGAAAGACAAACAUGUUAUUGUCAUCGGUGGCGGAGAUACCGGCAAUGAUUGCAUCGGCACGUCCCUUCGACAUGGAGCCAAGUCAAUUACCAACUUUGAGCUCUUGCCUCAACCUCCUCCGGAACGCGCUCGCGACAACCCGUGGCCCCAGUGGCCGCGAAUUUACCGCGUGGACUACGGUCACACAGAAGUCAAGCAACACUACGGACAAGAUCCUCGUGAAUACUGUGUGAUGACGAAGGAUUUCGUGGUCGAGGAUGGACGUGUCGUGGGCAUCAAUACGACUCGUGUAGACUGGACAAAGACCGCCACUGGUGGCUGGGACAUGAAACCCAGGGAGGGAAGUGAGCAGUACUUCCCAGCGGAUCUCGUGCUUCUUUCUAUGGGUUUCCUUGGCCCUGACGACCGUCUCUUUGAAAGCCAAGUGGAGCUUGAUCCGCGCAAGAACAUCAAGACGCCAAAGAACAUGUACAACACCAACCUUCCGGGUGUGUUUGCUGCCGGUGACUGCCGACGUGGCCAAUCUCUCAUUGUGUGGGGUAUCAAUGAAGGUCGUCAAUGUGCUCGACAGGUCGACAGCUUCCUCAUGGGCACCGGAUCCAUCCUUCCCGUUACAGGUGGAAUCAUCCAACGAGCUGCGCAUGACGCUGUCCCCACCCCUGAAGAGUCCAAGGCUCAUAAGCAUGGCGAUAUGGCGCAUGCUGCCGAAAAUUUCAAACGUGGUCCCGAAAUAAAAGUCGCUGCAUGA